AUAAGUAAUUAGCUGUUUUUUUAUUUGAUGUUUUAUCUAAUAUCCAAUUGUACUUACCUCAUUUAAAAAAAAUAUUUCUGCUUACAGAUCGAUUAAAUAUAUUUUAGUGAAUCUAAAGAAAAUAUUGAUUCGCAAAAAUUAAAUAUAAACCAUUUUUGAAGAAAAAUUGCACCACACAAACAUAAAACACCAACAUUUUUUUUGUAAUUCGUCUACUCCACGCAUUUCUCUAUCCCUCAGCAUAACACAUCCCUUGAAUUGGGGUGUGAUCCGCCAAGUCCUCCGCGACACAAAACUCGAAAACGGCUUCAGAACCAAACCAGCCGAAAACAAAUCAUUUAACAACCAAAAACAAAAAAAAGCAAGUGACAAACGUGAAACAAAUGAAUUGUGUCCAGUUAGUUUCCUUAAUGGAUUUUUCUUCCGCGUAAUGCCGUAAAGGCAAAGUGAUGUCUGCCGUUUUUGAUACAAAAUGUAUCGGGUGCUGAGGUGCGCCGCCUGUGGUGUCUGAAUCAGUUUUCGUGCGCGGUGUGCGAGCGAGAGGGCAAGAUGCACCCGACGUCCAGGUGACGCUGUCGGCUCCACCCGAGGAACAUGUCAUGGGAUUCUAUAGAGUCGCGAGACUUCCUCGGCGGGGUACCAGCCCACCAGCUGUCGGCAACGCGGCUGCUGAGCUCCCCGGACCCCUCACAUCAUCUCGAUGAACCGCCAGAGCUACACUCAUUCGCUGAGGACUGCGGGGAGCGGAAUGGCGCCCUGCGCUGGGGCUCACGUUUCGGUCCCGCGCAUCGCCCUCCCCCUACUGCGGGGCUGCUUGACUGCUUCAGAGGAUGCCGUAUGCGCAUCGAUCAAUAUCUCGCUAGGAGGAAGAUCGAGCGCGGCGUGCGGCUUUACGGGCAGAAUGAGCAGCAACUAGCAGUGAAAGUGUGGUUAUCGGCGCUUAGAGGGGUCCGACACAGGACCGACCGCUUCGCUCUGCUUGGACACUUGUACCAGGCGUACAAUGACUUUGGAAAGUACAGGGAAUCCCUGGAAUUUGCAAAUCGCCAGCUAGGGAUAUCAGAGGAGCUGGACUCCGCACCGAUGCGCGCUGAAGCCUACCUCAAUCUGGCCAGGGCACAUCAGACCUUGGGUGGAUUGGACAGAGCCCUAUCAUACGCCCGCCAUGCGCUGUACAACGACUGCGGGGGAGGCUCCACCGCCGGCUGCGUCCAUCUCACCGUCGCAGCCGUCAGCUUGGAGCUGGGAGCCUUCUCCAAGGCCAUGGAUGGCUUCCAGAAGGCUCUGGGGGUUGCUCAGGCUCAGGGCGACAACACGUUACUAUUACAGGUGUACGUCGGUCUCUCCGAGCUGUGGCGACGUCUCCGCGACGCGGAGCGCGCGGUGGCGUGCGCGGCGCGCGCCUGCGACCUCGGCCGCGGCCCGCGCGCCGCCGACCUCAACACCAGGCAUCACAGAAUAGCGCUGCUGCAAAUGGCGGCGGCUUUACGAGCAAGAGGAGAGCUUGGAGAUGCUCAUGACUAUUGUAACGAGGCGUUAAGGCUGGCAGCGGUGGCUGGAGAUCAAGGUUGCUACGCGCGAGCCGUGCGUAUAGCCGGAGAUGUCUACAGACGGAAAUGCGAUAUUGGGAAGGCUCUCAGGCACUACGAAGUAGCAAUGGGCGCUGGGCAGGCCCUAGGAGACCGUCUAGCUCAGAUGGAAGCUAUGGACGGUGCAGCGCGCUGUCUGGAGGCUCUACGGAAGCAGGGCCGCAUCUGUAACUGCCGUCCGCUUGAAUUCAACACUAGGCUGCUGGAGGUUGCCACGUCUGUUGGGGCGAAGAUGCUAGUCCGCCGCGUUCGCCUCCGCCUCUCCGAGAUCUACACAGCACUGGGCGACAACAACGCAGCAGCGCGUCUCAAGCGUGCGGCGGCGGCGUGGGUGGCACCCGCCUGCGCUCGGUGUAGAGAGCCCCUGGCAACGCAACCAGAGCCGCUAGCUUCGCUGCCGUGCGCGCAUAUAGUACAUCAAGCUUGUAUGCCAGAAUCCUGGUCGCGCCGCUCCGUCCGCGGCGCGCAGCCCGAGUGCGCGGAGUGCGCGUCCCCGGCGCGCGCGCCGCGCGUGCCGCCGCCGCCCGCGCCGCCCGCGCCCAGGGACUUGCAUGACCAGGACUUUCCCUUCGGCACCCCGCCCGUGCUCCGAGAGUCCGACCUCAACUCGGUGCUUUCUGAUCACAGCAGCCAACAAGCCACUUCUAGUGUCUAAGCUCUUGGAGAUUCAACCACUGUCUUUAGAGAGGAACUACCUUAAAUACAACCUGUUUUUAGAACCAAGACUCGAAAUAUGCUUCUGCCCGCGGCUUCGCCUGCGUGGAAUAAUGAUAAUUAUUGAUGAAAACUAUCCUCGGUCCCGGAUUUAGAGACCUAGGGCUCCUAGGCUUAAGGGGAGCCCCCUUUUCUAUCCAAAAACCAUUGCUAGGUUAUAUGGGCCUUGUGAGCCUAGAUGGAAAUCCGGCUCUGUCUAUCCUAUGACCUUCCCUUCCCUGGGCCUCUAACGUCUAAUAUCGGUUCAGCGGUUUGAGUGUGACGAGGUAACAAACAUACAUUAUCACGUUGUUUUCACAAAAAAAAACUUUCCUAUAAUGAUAUGAAAAAUCUAACACAUGGAAUCGUUAUUCUCAUAUUUCUUCAUUCCUACUGACACUAUAAAGACCAAAACUAAAUUUGUAGUAACUUUGUAGUCGCUUUUAGAUUUUUAAUGAGAUGAAAAAUCUAUGGGAAAGCUUUUUUUUUUGCGAAAACAA